AUGCCAGAUUACUUCCUACGUACAUUAAACUUGUUUGUUGUUUUUUAUUCCCCAGAGAUGAAGUUCAAGAAGUCAACAAGGGUCUCUUCUGGUUUAACAUGCUUUGCAAUUUUAGUUCAAACUAUAUUUUGUAGUUUACAAAUUGGAACGAAUACACAGUUCUGCUGUGAAAAGACUGUCAACUCAACUGGCUUCCGCUGCUGGAAUAACACUAUAAAAGAAAAUAGCGUACACGUUGCGUGGAAAUUCAACAACUGUUCUCAAAAUGACACACAAAGCCGAACAUGUUUUAAUGUCACUGAGAUGCAUUCUUGUCGACAAAAUUAUAGUUCUGCUUUUGCUGUGCAGGAAAAAAGAAAAAUUCACAUUGGAGCAUUUGUUCCAUUCUUGAAAGAUGACAGAUACGGACAUUUUACAGCGAUGAAAAUGGCCAUUGAUAUAAUAAACAAUCGAAGUGAUAUUCUAGGUAAUUACACUCUGGUGUUGGACUCUGAAGAUACAAUUUGGGUAAGUGCAUAGUACUUUACUGAUUUGAAUCACUUCACUGAGGAUAAUUUUGAUAGGUCGGUCUUGUAGGACGGAAUUAACAACUACUUCUCAAGCCUUUUUGUGGGGAAGAACAAGAAGAGCGCUUACCAUUUGUACGGAAAGUCCGGUAAUUCCGGAGGGACUUCGCAUCCCUAUGGAAAAAAGGUGAUACCUUCCGAAGUAUUACCUUUUUCACGCUUUUAGCGGAACGAUCGAAGUUUUCUCUACCAUUUGAUUGGAUUAUCGGAUCCAGGAUUCCGCUCACGAGAAAACGAAAAAUUUGCUGGUAUUUGAUAUCUUUUAAAUGGUAAAACUCAAUCCAAUUACUGUUUUCGGUGCGAAAAACAUACCAAUACCAUUUGACUUAAAAUUUUAACCAAAGUUUCCGUACAAAUGGUAAGCACUCGAGAUUAAAAGGGCCAACAUGGCUGCCUUAACGUCAGCUGUGAACCAGCAAUAGUAGACUGAAGUUGUUUUGAAUUGUUCAAAGGAAAACGGAUUUUUGCAGCUCCUCGUUUUUGACGUUUCCAGUCACAGUUAAAUGUCCUUAAACCAACAAUGGACAUUAUAGGAUAAAAGACUAGUAUAAUGUAUUUUUCAGUAUGGUAAUAAAGGCAUUAAUAAAAGGACAAAAUAAAUCAUUCAACGUCACGCGUUUGGAUACCUGAUGAAAAUCUCCUAUUUUGCUCCCUUAUCUAUUGUUUCCCGUCAUGUGAUAAUACUCCAGAGAACUGUGACCAAAUGCUUCUUUCCAAUUUUAUCUUAUUUACGUGCAUAUUAAAAGACCAAGGGGAAAAUUCCCCUGAGACCUUUAUUUGGAAAAUGAAACAUAAAAGUUAAAGAGGUCUUUUUCUCUCCAAAAGUGACGUUGGUAUAAAAACUAUAUCAAGUACCAGUUUUCAUUGUGCAAAAUAUUACACCUCGAAGGUCUUAAGUACUCCGCUUCAACUCGCAUUUUCAACUCUCUUCUUGCUGACUGAAAUGCAACAAAAACAUUGUCCCACUUUCGAUCAAGAGAUCAUGGCUCUCUAAUUUUGAUAUUUUAAAUAGCAUCUGCGAUUUCUUUUCAAUUUUCUCUUGAUUCUCUUGAUGAAUAAAGCUGGUGUACAAAAAACCACCGGCUAAUGAUUUAAGUUCAUGUCUGGCUCAGUUAAGUUUGGAUCGUCUAACACGUUUUAUCGGUCUGCUUCAGACGGAUAGAACGUCUGAUUGUCUCUGGGACAAACGUCGAUCUUCACAUGUGACGAACUAAACUUUUUACUUCAGCCUCCAACCUAUGUGUGUUGAAGAAGGGCGCGUUCGUGUUGAUGUUAUUCAAAGCGCGCGAUCGAUUGCAAACCAAAACAAAACAUUACAACAUGAUUUUUAACUUGUAAUUUAUAUUAUUCCAACUUAAGCUGUCUUUUAGAAUAAAGAAAGGUUUUUGUGUCCUGCUAGACUAUUCAUAAUCUGAGUGUCAAACAAGGAUAAAAGAAUUGACGAAAUUAAAAGCCACAAGAAAGAAAAUACAUCAAAGAUUUUCUUCGACUGAAUGUUUGCUUUAAGAUUAAUUAAAUCGAACGGGAUUAAAACUGCACAAAGGCUUUAUAAAAAGAGCUACUUACAGAUACUAAUCUUAGGGUUUUAAAGUGAAUUCGAAUAAAAGAAGUCGAUGUGGGUAACUAAACAAGUAUAUAAACAAAGAAAUAAAAACGGCGAUAACCGACUGCUGGAAAAGUUGUUCGUGUUGUUCAUUCAAGAUUGAAAGCUACAUGCAAUCCUUUCCUGAAAAGUAGAAAACUAGCGGGGUAUAAUUCGAUGAAAAACGGCAGAAUCUAGAUUUAGACAGCCAAAAUGGAAAACAGCAAGAUUGUAGUACUUACAGCGUAGGUUAUAAAACUAGUGAAGCGACAUCACGAGCCACCUGAGACCUGUUGUGCUUUACUUUAGCGGUUUUCCUGGCUGACUUACUCGAUUCUCCCUUCAGAUGUUUUGUCUGAAUAACAAAAUUCACUUUUCCCUAGCUAACGCUAAUAAUAGCGCAAGUUUUAAAAGAAAAAUGGUUCUGAAUCACCAGUUUUGCUCAUUCGCAACAACAAACAAACUGGCAGUGUGAAUGAAGCUGCCAACGAUUCCGCCCGGGUUAGCGGGCAAGACAGCCUCCUCCUCAGGUGCUUCGUUUUUUGCAUGGCAGAGGCGAGCGCGAAACGAGUGACUGGUGAUGAACCGCAAGGAACCUGUAAAAAACUGCCCGCUCUCGAAACCAAUCAGAUUGCAGGAUUUGGAGGAUUCCGCCCGCUCGCAAGCUUAGAAAAAAGUAAAUAAGCCUAUUUCGCAUGUUCAUAAGAAAUACUGUUCAGACAAAUAAUUUUCGAAUCAUAAGGUAUUAGGCGCUUCUUUUUGCAUGUUUUAGACGUUUCCUAUUUUUAACAUUCUUAAAUUCACUGCACAAAGUAAUGCUACGAAGACAGCUAAAAAACACAUCCUACAUAUUUUUUAACGAAUCGAAAAACAGACAACACAGAACCGACAAUUUGCUUUCAUGUUAUGUUUUGUUCCAGCUUUGUUUUAUAAGUUGCUUACAUCUGCUUUAACAUCUUUCUUUCUCUUAAAACUAAUUUUACAGCAGCGGGAAUUUUGACGCUACGAAAACAUCUCUCAUUUUCUUUUUUAAAAUGAAAAAUUCUGAUGUUGGGAGGAUAAGGGCUUCUGUUUUUAGCCGUUCUUUGUAUAUAGAUAACUUUUAAGGAGAAUUCGAUGUGAAUGGCAAAUGAUCAUAACGUGGCUCCGUUAUUACAACAUAAAAUACGUCCAUAAGUAGAUUCUCCACAUGUGACGGAAGUUUGUCCCAACUUCGUGUGUUAAUUUAUUUCCUUCUGUUGUUUUUUAAGGCUAGUGGUGCAUAUGCCAUAAGAGCAUUAUUUACCCUGCUGAACAGGGAAAACAAACCUGUCAUAUUGCUUGGACCAUCCAACACAGCUGCCCUGGAACCCGUUGCAGAGUCGGCAAAACUAUGGAACCUGGUUCAGGUUUGGACAUCAACUUUUUUAGGGCCAUUUAAACGAGGAAAAAUAAGACGCGAACUGUACCAUUUAUACGAGCAUGUCUUAUCUAAUAAGACGCGUCUUAGCUAAGCCGCGUCUUAUUUUAGACGAAAUGUGCCGUUUAUACGGAAAGUUCGCGUCUUAUUUAAGACGCUUCUUAUGUAAGACGCGUCUUAUUUUUCCUCGUAUAAAUGGCCCUAGUAGGGCCAUUUUUACGAGGAAAAAUAACACUCGUCUUACAUAAGACGCGAACUUUCCGUAUAAACGGCACAUUUCGUCUAAACAAAGUCGCGUCUUAUUUUAGACGAAAUGUGCCGUUUAUACGGAAAGUUCGCGUCUUAUUUAGGACGCGUCUUAUUUUUCCUCAUAUAAAUGGCCCUAUUGUUAUCAUCACGGAUGUUAAUGUUGUCUGUGAUGAGGCAAAAUGAAUGAAAUAAUUAAUCAGUAGAUGCUUCCCUCUAAUGUUCCCAUAUGAUACUUGGGGGUACUUUGAGUGCAGUUAGAUAAACGAGCAGGAUUUUCUUAUUCAUUUCUCUAUUGAUUGACUCAUUUCACUAUUACGCUGGAGUACGAGAAUAGUUCGUCUUCGGCUCGCCAAUGUAAACGCCAAUACAGAUAUCCCGCUUUAGAGCGUUUUCAGAUGACGUCACGGUGACCAUAUUGGUGUUCCAGAACAAUGAAACGGCGGCCAUGUUAGUGUUCCAAAGUAGUCCUCUGCGAGUUGACUUCUUUUCUCGUGCAAGCGCAUUCUUUUGUAAUUCCAGUAAAUUUGCAUAGAUGCUGCUCAUGUGAAUGAAGACGCUCUAUAUAUUGUCGUAUUCUUUAUAAAUCAUUGGUUAGGUUAUUUUAGUUAUUUUAUGUUGUAAGAACGGAUUCAUACGCUCCGGUCGUUUCUGCGGGUAAUCACUCUUGCAAAAGCAAAAAGGCGCUAAAUUUAAGAUUUUAUUCUUUCCGUCUUUCAGGUUUCUUAUGCAUCAGGUUCGCCAAAAUUUGAAAGCAAGCGGUUUUACCCGAACACGUACCGUUCAGCUCCGUCCUCGGCUUCCUUUAGCAAGGCAAAGGCUGCCUUCAUAAAGUACUUUGGAUGGAAGAGAGUAGCCAUACUACACCAAUACGAUCCAGAAUUUUUUUCUCCUGUACAGUACUAAUUUUUUAUUUUAAUGUUUUACGUAAAUUUCGAUUGUAAGUGUGAACGUUAAGUUUCCGCAGUAAGUGCACUACUGCUUUUAACUGUGUGUCGUGAAAGUAGAAUUGGCAUUUCAACGGUUCUACGGGGGGAAGAUUCUCUCCUCUUCAGAGACCCAUCGAACGAUACACAUUUAGUUUCAACAACUGCGCGGCAUAGUUGAGGAAAAUGCGUUGGAUUUGUAUAGAUUUACAUGCAGCUUAUACUGGACCUCUGGUCUUUACAAGUUUUUCUUCUGAGAACACUACCUCGUAAAAUCGUCCUGCCCCAAGUUCUUAAUUAUAAUCCCGACUUACGUUCCUUCUUUUUUUUUCUCCUUUUAAACUCUAAUACUCUCAAGGUAGACUUGGACUAGACACAUAAGAUGGAACAAAAUAAAACCUACACAUCGACCCAUUGAUUGACUGACUAACUGAUUGAUUUAUUUAUUGUUUUGUUUGCUUGUUUUUUGCACAGACAGUGGAUAAGCUGAAGAUCGAACUUGUGAAGAGCAACAUUAGCAUCAUUGCAAUUGAAGGUUUUGAAGAGCUCGGCGAUGUCAGUUUUCAGAUGGAAAAACUCAAGGUUAUUAAACUCCUAGUCAUCAAUUAUUCAUUUUAGUUAUUUUUUGCAUUUUCUGGCUCUACCUUGCCACUGCCUCUUAGCUUCUUCUCAAAUCUGGUGUCUUUUUCUGUUUUAAUUAGAAAUUGGAUGCUAGAAUAAUUAUCGGAGAGUUCAGCUACGUCGGUGCAAGGAACGUUUUCUGUGAAGUAAGUAAUGUAACAAAGCAGAGAAUGUGCUUUAUCCUGAUUUCUAUUUUCAGUGUUCAAUGCUGACCUGACUUAUAAGUUGACUCAUGACUCGUUGACCCUAGCCUGCGUUGCCGAGACAGACUUGUCACUAGAGUUCUAGCUAGUUCUCUAUCUGGGUCUUGAAUCGGGGAAAUAGACUAUCUGCAACGCAAGCUAGUUGACCCAUGUGACUAUUAAAGCAAGAUUUCUCACGUUAAUGCCCACGAUUUUGUCCUUCUCAGACCUUUUAACGGUAUAAAACGAAAAAGUAGAGAGCUAUGAUGUUUUAUAUUUUUUCUGAAAAAACUGAAACUUUUAUUUAGCUGUGUUACAUAUAACUCUAACUCAUGAAAUUUUUAUAAUGCAGGCCUUCAAAAGGAAGAUGUAUGGACCGAAUUAUGCUUGGAUAAUAUUUGGUGAAUUCAGCCCUACAGAAAUUUUCGCUGAUGACCCGAAACUUCGAAACAGUGUUUUAAGUGAUUGUUCAAGUAACGAGCUAAAGGAGGCAGCAAAUGGUUACAUUUCCACCAUCAAGCUGGACAUCCGUAAGGACAAUAACCAAACCAUAUCCGGCUUGGUAAGUUGACUAGUACGUUGAUAGAGGACAUUAAAUAUUGCGUAAACGUUUCCCUUGUUUUGCGGCACUGUAGCUUUGUUUGUUGAAUUGUGCUGGUACGAACACCAUCAUGUUACAUAAAUGCAUUGUUUCUUUGUUGGCACACUUUUCGCUCAAAGGACGGUGAAAUGUUACCAAGAAGACUACCUUUUCAAGUUCUAGCUUUCUUUGCAGAACUUUCCCAAUAAAACACCAGUUUUGGGACGCCAUUUUUUUUUUCAUGUUGUUGCCGUUAUCAUUAUCACAUUAACGUUACUUUUUCGUGUUUCUUAAGACGUCGGAAAGAUUCUGGUGGCGGAUGAGGCAACUGAACAAGCGCAACAAUCUGAGAAAGGACUCUGCGUACGCCUUCGAUUCAGCAUGGGUAGUAGCCAUGGCACUGGAUUCCGCUUUUGCUAAAGGGAUGAAAUAUGAGGAGCUUUUAAACCGAAAAUUCAAGCAAGUUGCAGCGAUAAGAAGUGGUAUUCAAAACAUAAACUUCGCAGGAUUAACUGUAAGUAUAAUCUACAAUAACACGGCAGAUUUUGAAUUAAGCGUUUUAUCAAUAAGCAUUAUGCUACACUUUCUUUUAAGAUACAGAAACAGAAAAAUUGUUUUUGGUGCAGGCAAAAGCUACUUUUAAAUAACAAUAUACCUCAGUUUUUCUUAAAGAUUCCAGUACUUUUAAGAUAAAAUUUAGUAUUUUUUGUUGUAUAGGGGCCUGUAGGCUUUGAUGAAAACAGAGAAAGAGUUGGAACAGUUCUUAUUAAGCAAAAUAGAGAAGGUAAGCUGCUCUGUAAGGAUAAUAGUUUCUUUUAGAAAAAGUGCUUGGAAGAAGAAUUUCCUNGCCGUUAUCAUUAUCACAUUAACGUUACUUUUUCGUGUUUCUUAAGACGUCGGAAAGAUUCUGGUGGCGGAUGAGGCAACUGAACAAGCGCAACAAUCUGAGAAAGGACUCUGCGUACGCCUUCGAUUCAGCAUGGGUAGUAGCCAUGGCACUGGAUUCCGCUUUUGCUAAAGGGAUGAAAUAUGAGGAGCUUUUAAACCGAAAAUUCAAGCAAGUUGCAGCGAUAAGAAGUGGUAUUCAAAACAUAAACUUCGCAGGAUUAACUGUAAGUAUAAUCUACAAUAACACGGCAGAUUUUGAAUUAAGCGUUUUAUCAAUAAGCAUUAUGCUACACUUUCUUUUAAGAUACAGAAACAGAAAAAUUGUUUUUGGUGCAGGCAAAAGCUACUUUUAAAUAACAAUAUACCUCAGUUUUUCUUAAAGAUUCCAGUACUUUUAAGAUAAAAUUUAGUAUUUUUUGUUGUAUAGGGGCCUGUAGGCUUUGAUGAAAACAGAGAAAGAGUUGGAACAGUUCUUAUUAAGCAAAAUAGAGAAGGUAAGCUGCUCUGUAAGGAUAAUAGUUUCUUUUAGAAAAAGUGCUUGGAAGAAGAAUUUCCUCUAAAAACGACAAGAUGAAUUAUGAAGAAACGCACCAUUUUGCAGUUGUCUCCCAAAAUAACAAGCACAUUAAAAAAUACAUUAACUUACAGGACGUAGAGAGAGACCUUGUUAUGUGCAUUUAAAAAAAUUCUAUAAACUGUUUCUUGAUACAUAUUUUUUUCUCAUUGUAAUAUCUAUAAUCAUAGUCGUUUCAGUUUAAGUUUCAGUUGAUUGCCAGCUCGUUAUGUGAAUAACAGGUAAGGUUUUUGUUGUCCUUUUUUAGGAAACGAAACUAGGAUUGGUCAACAUUUCACCUCCUCCGACGAACUCCAUCUAUUUGAAUCUGAGCGAAAUAAGAUAUGGGAAGGUAAUAAAUGUUUCCGUUGCACUUCAAUGUCUUAUCAAAAUAUCGAAAUUGCAGUCACUGAUGAUGAUGACGAUAAUGAUGAUGUAAUGACAAUAAUGAUAAUGAUGACGAUGAUAACAUUGACGUUGGUGAUUUAAUAGAUCUAUUCGGCUAACUCAAUGUUGUACCCAAUUCAAAUCUCCCAGGGAUAAGAUUCUUUGUGUAUUAUAUUUGCAUCAUAAAGUGGCAUUCACAUUUAAAUGAUAUGGAAAUUCCUAAAACAAAACGUUUUAUUCCCAAAGGGUUUGAAUUGGGUACAACAUUGAGUUGGCCGAAUAGGUCUAUGAAUAAUCGAUUAACAUGUCGGUAGAUUCUGUCGGAAAUAACCGAAGCUGAUAUAACGUACACUCCCUCGAGUGCCUUUUUAUUAUUGAAGCGCCGUCCACUUGCCACGUCGUCUGGUGUCCUGUUUAGUUCCUUGAACAAUCUGCAACUCUAAGUACAUUCUAUAAUUUGCUCAUCUGAUGUUCAGUAUUCUUUGCUGUCUCUCCAGUUAAAUAUACACAUGAGUUUAGGGCACAGUCCGUUCAGGGUCAACGAUAAUAUGCAUGAGCGUAUGGACUCCCCCAAAUUUAAGGCUACUCAGAUUUUUUGGGCAGCAAGGGAAAUUUGGGCAAAGCCAGCUUUUAAAGAUUCAAAAACCUACCAUGAGAGCAGAGCUUUAAUGACCGCCAUUUGUGACUUGGAGUUUAUCUUCGGUCUGUGUGUGCUGAAAGUAAUCCUGAGAAAAUAAUAGUGGUCUGUGCAAGGCUGGGACUGUGAGGAUUCUGUCAGAUGUGCCAUUUUCUAGGGAGGGAGAAAUUUACUAGAUCUUACUAGACUUUGCUUAAGCUCUCUCCUCCUAAGUUUAUAACAUUGUUACUGGCCCAAGACGUUUCUGUUGCGUGCCCAUAUAUAGUACUACUCGAAUUUUGUUAGAAACGACCUUUAUCUAUGGAUAAACAGGAGGCUGACCUGCAGCUUGAGCUGGGGCUAUGAACGCCUGCUACGGUGAGAUUUCUCUAAUUUCAAGCAUUGUUCUAAGCAAUUACUUAAUGCCAGAGAAAGUAGAGUAAAAGUCUCCAUUGUUCCAUGUUACAAGAAACGCCGUCGCGUGGUUUUGGUUUUGGACUCUUUUUGAUUUCAUCUUUUGCAUUUCUCCUUCAGACAAUCGACCACCGAAGGAUCACACCAGCAGAAAAAUUGAGCUGAUGAUGAGUCCCUUACCACUUAUCGUCAUAAUGUGGUUCAUGGCAGCGAUCGGCAUCAUCUGCUCGUUGAGCUUUCUAUAUUUUAACAUCAGUAAAGGUAAAAACAGGUAGGACUUUAACCUUGCUGUUUCUGACCUUUUCCAAUACAAAACAUAUUCUCAAGCAAAAGCCUUUUUAAAUUGUUUCCGAUCUCUAAUCUCAACUUGCAUUAAAUAUUAGAGCUCUUUGCAUAUUUACAUCUUUUAUUUUCAUUUUGUCAGGAUAAUCAAGAUGUCGUCGCCUAAACUUAAUAAUAUUAUUAUUAUGGGAUGCAUCCUGUGCUACGCCUCCAUUGUUUUGUUGGGUUUGGAUGCGAGGUUUCUCGAUUUGCAAGGUUAUGGCAUCAACUGCAACGUAAGGAAAUUAAUUAUUAACGAGCAUUUUCUUGAGCAAGAGUCUACCCUUUUCUGACGUAUAAAAUAGCUGUAACAUUUCAAGAGAAAGCUUUCCUUCAUUUGGUGAACAAUGUACUAAGGCGGCUAACGUAGAAUUCCCGGUAAGACAGGUGUUAACACGGGUCCGGACAAAUUUUUGAACGGACUAAUUUUUUUCCCUGUGCAACCUGUUAACACGGAACCGUGCCAAAUCUGUGCAUGUUACAGUAGUUUUCAAACAAAUUUUUGCCGGUGGCAGCAUUGGAAUGGCUUUUUUUUUAUCACGGCGCGUAACUAGGCUUCAGGCGGCUUCAGGCUUGUCAGUAAAACGUGGGGUCGGGGCUGGGGUUUAUCUUUUUGUUUAAAAGAGUGCUGUUUUAGGGUUAGGGUUAAGGUUAGGGUUAGGGUUAGGGUUAGGGUUAGUGUCAACCCUAACCCUAACCAUAAUCCUAACGCUAAAGCAGAAUUCUUUGAAUAUAAGACAGACCCCGACCCCGACCUCGUCCCCGCGUUUUACUGAUACCCGGCUUCUACCGCACAAACUGUGCAAAAACUUGCACAGUUCAGGUGUUUACACGAGUCCGUGUAACAGUGGAACCGUUCCUGUCAGGUCAAGUUGCGCACCUUGCCGCAGGUCACUUGUAAACGAAAGGCAGAUCCGAUUUCACAAGUGUUUGUCCGUUCAAAACUUUGUCCGGGCCGGAGUAAAGGGGGUCAGCCUUUAAGAUAGCAGUUAUAUUUCUACUCAUUCUAUUCCUUCCGGUAUUUUUGAAAGAAGAAAAUGAGCAAAAAAAUGUAAAGUUUUGGAUUUAUUAAUAAAAUGAGUUCGAUUCUUACCAACAGGCACGAGCUGCAGUGCUGUCUAUCGGAUUUUCCUUAUCCUUCGGUGCAAUGUUCAGCAAAACAUGGCGAGUUCACAAGAUAUUCACAGCGGCCAAGACUCUCAAGAAAAUGGUACGAUGUGGUCCACUCUUUAUUGCAGUUCGGUCUAGGUGUUUGCGAAUUAUAUGGCAGUUAAAGGCUUCUUUUGACCUUGACCUCUUGACCUUGACCUCUUCACCUUGAAUUGGGUGAAAAUUCAAGAUGGAUACUCCACGAUUAAAAUACGAGCAUUCAACUAGUGUAAAGUAACCUCAAAAGAAACCCUAGCUAUCGUUGUCUAGACCUUUUGUUUAAUUUAGGAAAUUUCAUAAAAAAUAUUAGCUUUAGUGUUCUAUGCACUGUUUUUCUCUUACAGCAACAUACUUUACUUGCGUCCCUCGACAAAUUACAAUUGGGUAGAAUGAUAUGGUGAGAUAAACAAUUAAAACCCAGCAAUCUGAAAUGAAGCAUGAACGGUUCUUUAACAUCCCAAUGCUAAAAGUAAUCACCAAUGCAUAAAAUGUAGUUAAAGCUUUAGAAAGUAUGUAUACUAACUUCUAUGAUGUUCUUAAUCGAAUGAAUCUUUAACGGGAAUAAUUUCGUAAAACACUGUUUUCUAUUAUAUUAUAACAGGCUAUAAAGGAUCUUCAUCUCCUUGCUAUCGUAGCAGUAUUGUUAACAGUGGAUGUUAUUUUCUUGUCCUGUUGGAUUAUUAUCGACCCAUUCCAAGCUGAAGAAUUAAAAUUCGAAGAACUGGUAGGAACUUUUGAGUCGUUUUAACUUUUCGCGUAAACUAUUGAUCACGAUAUAACCUUGGUGUUUAACAGCUUCCACUCCUUGAAAAAACUCCAAGGUCAUAUUAUCAUUAUUCAUUCUUGCAGGGGUACAAUAGGCUCGUGGAGCUCUAGCUUUGGAUGCUCCUAUUAGGUUGUUUCUUUCCUGUUUCUUAGAACGGAUAACCUUUCUACUGAUCUGAGCUACGGCAGGCAAACUCUCUUCGGGCUUUCAGGGCUGGCUGAAAACCUUUUUUACUAUAAUACUUGUUUCUUGUUUUUUUUUUUAAUUCCUGAUGGAUUGACAUAGCUUAAGUAAAAGUUUUCAUCCAUUUAUUUCAUUCAUUCAUUCAUUCAUAUACUCAUUACUCAUUCAUAUACUACUCAUUCAUAUAGGCGUACCUUUAACUAACAAAUAUUUUAAAGCAUGAUUACUUUCAUGCCAUUUUUUAUCCAUAGAGCCGAAAGGAACAAGACACUAUCAUCAUUCCGGCUUUAUACCAGUGCACCUGCAAAUACAAGACCUAUUUUCUGGCAGUCCUAUUUGCCUACAAAGGAAUACUUCUGUUAUUUGGGCUUUUCCUAGCCUGGGAGACACGCAAUGUCACAAUUCCUGCCUUAAAUGACUCCAAGUACAUUGGGAUGUCUGUUUAUAAUGUUGUUGUGUUGUCCAUUAUCGGUGCUAUUGUGGCCAUUGCACUGGAUGGAUCCAUGUACUACGAAGCUCCUUAUGCCAUUUCCUCGCUCUGUCUUAUUGUUUGUACUACAGUUACGCUGUUAUUGGUAUUUGUUCCAAAGGUAAGUCAUAACAUAAUUGUGCCGCUGAUACCGCUUCGUACUGCUAUUGCUACUGUCGCUACUGCUGCCACUACUAUUACUAACUACUAAUAUCACCACCAGUACCACUACCACCACCACUGCCACUAUUGGUACCACCACCACAACCACAACCACUACCACUACCACUACCAUUAUCACUGCCAUUAUGACCAACACUACUACCACUACUAUCACCACCACGACCAUUACCAUCGCCCCCCACUGCCCCUUCCACUACCACCACCACCACCACUUUCACCACCACUGCAACUAUCACCACCACUACCACUACCACUACCACUGCCACCAAUACCACUGCCCCCACCACCACCACCACUAACUCUACCAUGCCGUGACGUCUUACUGUAAACUUCGUAAAAGUAACCAGCAUUGUUAAUGAAAAUCUGCGUUUUUCAUUUUAAAACAUCACCCACUACGUUUACCUUUAGAUCUACCAAUUCCUUAUGAAGGAAGAAGGAAUCCUCCAAGCCUCCUCUCUGCAUGCCGCUGCUACCGGCAGACCGCGUGCUCAUAGUCACAGCCUGACGUGCGCAAGCCCUGUGCUUAAAGAACGACAUACCUCUUUUACCUGCAAAAGCACACAAACAGAUUUUGAUGCCCCAGAAAGUGCAGGUAAAGAAAAUAAUGAUUGAAAAAUGGCAUGAAUACCAAGUACAUGAUGUUAAAUAAUAAGUAAAUACAUUUGUGGUUAAGGCGAAUAACGGUUUGGUGGUCGUAAAUCCACAGCGGUGUUCUUCGUCUUUCAUUCCGGAUAAAAUUGGGCUAAAGACGAAAGCGAAAAACUGGAGAGUAACGUAAACUGUAGAAUACCAGGAGAAAACCUCUCCUGAGCAACCGCGAGAACCAACAAUACACUCGACCCACCCUCUGAGCUUCAAACCUGUGUCACAUUACUGAGGUAGCAGUGGGGAUGGUGUACUGCCAUCACUACGCCACCUUUGCUCGUUACAAUAUCGAUAACGUCGAAAGAUAAAAAAUAUUCCUAGACCCUUCCUUUGAGGAUCAUCCAGGCAGUCUACAGUUUUUGCUUGAAUGAUCAUAUUUUUGUAUUCCGCAAGACAUUUAUGAGCAAAGCAGCAUGAAUAGCAUAAACAUAUCACGCCCGGGAAAUGUCUACUUGUCUGUCUCUAUUUCCAUUAUUGGCAACCUUUUCCUGCUGUCAAAUGAAGCAAGGAAGGAAAAUAUAUGUAGUAUAAAGGUGGAAAUUGUUGCUGAAGUUGAAUAAUGUUUUUCUUUUUCCAUAUUGUGUUGCCUCGCACCAUCAGAAACUUGUUUCAAAAUUUCAAGCUCUUUUACUAUGCUUUUUCCGGGGUCAUGAGAGGAGUAAGGUGAAGAACUUUUGGCCCAUCUUAUGCUACCUGUACGUUCUCAAAUUUUUACAACAUUCAUUUUCAUACGCACACUUUAUUCUGUUCAUCUCAUCUCCACAUAACAGCUUUGGUUUCUAGUCACACAUUUCUAAUGAAACCUUCUUGACGGAUACUAAUGAACCUCUUGGCAGCUGGGGCCUUCUUCUUGUUCCUCUUUUUAUCUUUUUUCUUCAGGAAAUAUCUGUUGAUGGAACAUAUCUCCGGAUACUCUGACCUGUUCAGGGUCACCCUCCAUAAUUGCCUUGAAAGAUAGGAGUCUCAUUUGCUGACGAAAUCACUGCUAUUUGGUCUUGUCUAUCUUUUUGCCUUGAGAAAAGUGCAAUCGUCACAUAAGAAAUCUCAAUAGAUCAUUUUACAGUUGUUGGCUAAGUAUCCUAGCCUUUGAGUGAACGUCAGGAUGAGGUUGACCUUGUUUUGAUACAAAACCCUUUUGUUAUAAAUUAAAUCCCCGUUGCCGAAAGCAACGCGUCCCUUAAAUUCCCUAAGGGAAUUUUGCAUUCAAGCGCUGUUUUUAAAAUUCAGUUUGAGCUAGCAGUGGACAUGAACAGAAGAAUUCAGAUUUAGAAACGAAGACCCGGAGAUAAUUCACGCUAGUGUGAGUAGAUUUUUCUAAGAGUUUUUUCAUCCUUUGAACGAAUUUCUUAUCAAGAUAUUUGGGUGUUUCCUUUUUCAGCGAAUCAUUCUGUAAAUAACACUAUUACUCCUCGAUAUGUAGAAGUGGAAGAGGCGAGCCGAUUUCGAUGGGUGAAUGUUAAUUAACUUGAACUGUUAGAAUACUGAGACACUGAGAAUUAAAUAAUGAAUCUUGAAGAACAGCGAAAAGGCGACAACACCUUUUCUAUCCUUAUAAAAAUUGAGCUUAAGAAAUUCUAGUCAGCGAAAUAACAAUAUGAAUUGUUUACAUAGGGUAUAGGACUUACAUAGCAAAAGGGGUUUUAUCAAAACAACGACAACUCAAGCCUCGUUUUUACCUGUAACUGUAAAUUGGGGUAUUAUCUAAAAUCUUUAAAUUUUACUUUGCAAUCUCUUUUUCUUUGGAAUUUCCAAUGGUGAAGAAAUUACUUUCUCUCUUUCCCUCUUUGAUGCACGUGGGGCAUCUGCCAAUGGAAUUCCAAGCACAGAUCUCUGUGUUUCGGUUGUCAAUCCAAUCUACUAUUAUUCCUUAACACUGCUAAAUUAAUCUAUUUCUUUUUUUCCUUCAAACUGAAUUACCACUUAUCAGGCACCACAAAAGUAUUAAACUGGAAUAAACGUCCUUGCUGCGGCAGCUAAUAUAUCGGGGAGCUGGUCUAACUUUAGGCAAAAAGUGCUUACAAUCUUAGAUCUGAUAGUGGAGUAUAGGUGACCACGCCCUCCUUUAAGACUAACUCCAGGAAACAGAUCUAAUCAAGUCGCACCUCCAAAGCACGCCAUUGAAGAUGUUAAUUCUUUGGUUAAUUUACAAUAACUUAGUUAGCUCUAACUCUUUCCUUAACAAACUUGGCCUGAAAGUACAAAAUAUCCAGCCAAUCAAAUUGGCAUGUAUUUUGACAUCAAAAUGUCAAAAUAUGACGUCACAAUUGCGUACGUCAUUCAUACUUAAAUUUUAAACUUUAAAAUCUUGCUAUUUUUGUUUAUCAAUUUUAAAAGAGAUAUUCAAGGAGAGAUGAAACCUGAAAAAAAAUUUGGAAUAUCUUAUAUAUGAGCUGAGAUAUGACAUUUCAGUUUGCAUAAAUUCGUACUACAAAGUAAAAUAAGUCUUAACUUAAGCGUUUUAUUGUCUUGUCACCAUUACCAUUUGAUAUAAACAUAAGACAUCUUUAUCUUCGAAAGCUAAAGGAAAAAGAAAAUUUUGAAAAAGGAAAUUCCUAACUGGACAAAAACCAAGAAAACAGUUUUAUGACGUCAUUAAAAUGUCAAAAUCAAAGGGUUCGUUUUUAAGGAAAAGUAUGGUUCCGGGUGCACUGAAAUAUCUUUAAAAUCCCAUAACUCGAUUUCUACGUGUCGUAGCGAGAAACGGUUUUCAGCGUUUUACUCCCCUUCUAAUUCUCUUUUGGAUGAUAUAAGGGUGCUUUCCAUUUGUCAGAACUGACCGGCCAGACCAUUUCCAUCGCACUGAUAAUUUCACUUUUAAUCAAAACUCUCCAGACAGAUCAGUCAAAUCCUAAAUAGUAUGCACAAAGGAGAACAUUUUUCAGCAAAAACUCUUGGAAAAAGCCUAUUUUAUUUAAUUUCAGUUUUUCCGUCCGGCCAGUUUUGACAAAUGGAAAGCGCCCUCAGUUUGACUUUAAAAUUAAAAAAAUUAUUUAACCAAUUUUGAUGACGUCAGCCCUUAUGACGUCAUAAUUUGACAUUUUGCGUCAAACAAAAAAAUAAAAUUACCUGUUCAACAAUCGAAGUCUAUCUGGCACGAUUGGUCCAGAAAUGAAAAGAAAUGUAAAAGUUACGUAAAUUUAGCCUAAAUGACCGAUUUGAGUGAUGGUUUGGCCCCAGCGUAAUUAAUGUUACGAUAUCGAAUUUCAAAUUAUAUUGUAGUUUUUUUCGUCAAAUUCGAAUAGCUUUAUACUUUUAUUAAUUGAAAUUAUUUCGAGACUAGCCAGCGGUCACUAAUGAUGUUACAUAACAUUGCCCAAAUAUAAAAUGGCAAAUCGUUUCCAGGCAUGAGUGAACUCAACAAAGUGACCAAAGUAUUCAUUGCUAUCCGAAGACAAUAAAGUCGGAAUUCUGACUAAAUCUGAAGGGAAGAAAUGCAAGAGUACACAAAAACAUAUUGGUCGAUGAAUGUCAUCUACUUUUUUGAGUAGUAUCUGCGACAAAAAACAUCUUUUUAUGUACUGAAGCCGUGCGAGGAACAGGCAAAUGUUUUGAAGAAAGUAUAGACGGAGAUAGGGUUGGUAAGAACUUACAAAUAUUUUGAAUGAAUAACAGAAGAAUUACCUUGAAAUUCCGAAAAUAAGCCCGGGCGCUUAUAUUUUUCAGAAGCCCUUUUUGAGGGGCUUAAUUUUGAAGGGGCUUAUCUACGGAGGGAAAUUUGCGUUUCAAAAUCGAUUGGGCUAGCCUUAUAGUUGGCAGUAAAUUUACUUUGUAUUUGAGGGCAAUUUUCCCAGUACAAGCCCCCGGGGAGGGCUUAUAUUUGGAGGGGCGAUUUAACGGAGGUUUUUUUGCGUUACCGGCUUGUGGGGCUUCUAUUUGGAGGGGCUUAUUUUCGGAAUUUUACGGUAUUGAACUUGGCUCUCGUAUGAUAUGAGAAAUUAUGCAGAUCUCGGCCUCGGUGGAUAAUUGAUAACACCCUCCUCGAUCUACAUAAUUCCUCAUAUACAGUCAACUCCCUCUAAGACGGACACCUUUGGGACCGGCAGUAAGUGUCCGUCUUAGAGAGAUGUCCGUCUUAUAGAGAGUCAAAUAAAGGGAGUAAAGAAAGGCAGGGACCAACUCUAGGUGUCUGUUUUAGGGAGGUGUCCGUCUUAUAGAGGUGUCCGUUAAGAGAGAGUCGACUGUAAUACUAAACCUAAUUCAAUAAUUGUUUAUGAUACUCCAUUGAAUUAUAUUAUCUGUAUACCGAUAUUUGUAAACUGUAUGAUAUCUAAUUCUAUUACUGCGCUACUUUCGUUUAUAUCUACAGUACAUUGCAAUGCCUGCAUAAUCAUUCAAUAGGAACAAUUAAUUAUUAAUUAAAAGGUUAUUAGAGACGCAAUCUUUCCGCAUGAAAUUAGUUAUAACUCAAGUUUGUCCCCCACCCAAUGCAAUCUUCAAUAGCAGACGAUCUGUCAUUUCACUAGCGACAAGAUAUCUCAAGCAAAACUGUGUGUAUAACAAACUGAUUUUACCUUUUAGUGAACGAAGUAAUGUUCAAGUGCGGAGGCUUCGGCGCAGAUGACAUACCGUAUGAAAUACGCAUAGACGACAUCCAUUUAGACGAAACAAUGAUGGUAGAAUUUAGCCCCCGUUCCUGUGAGACUGUCAUCAAAAAUAGCUACUACACUGGAGGUCCAAGCGGCUCUAAAUGAGAUAGUAUAAAACGUCUACUAUUCGUAGUUCAACUUCUACACAUUUCUCACAGCUUGUAUUCCGUUAUACUGAAACAUAAGGAAAUAAAUAGCACGUAUCUCAGCAUGUGUUGAUCCCGGCAUAUGCCCUCGUUCUUUCAUUAAGGUCAACUUUGCAGUUUGAUAUGCCCAAGAAAUUGCAGAGUAAAAAUUCGCCUAGGGCAUUUCGGAGCUUGAAAAC